GGACUCCACGGGAAGGGGCGGGGCUCAGAGGCGCGCGCUGUGUUCUGGCUGUACCUGUCUCAGUUGGUUUGCAAUGGAGGAGAUUUAUGCUAAGUUUGUGUCUCAGAAAAUCAGCAAAACCCGCUGGCGACCGGUACCUCCGGGAAGCCUGCAGACCGCGGAUACCUUCGCUGCGGGCUCUUGGGACAAUGAGGAAAAUUAUGUUUCACUGUGGUCUAUUGGAGAUUUUGGGAACUUGGACUCUGAUGGAGGGUUUGAAGGAGACCAUCAGUUAUUGUGUGAUAUCAGACACCAUGGCGAUGUAAUGGAUUUACAGUUUUUUGACCAGGAAAGAAUAGUAGCGGCUUCAUCAACAGGAUGUGUAACAGUUUUCCUUCACCAUCCAAAUAACCAGACUCUGUCAGUCAGCCAGCAGUGGACAGCCGCUCACUACCACACAGGUCCGGGCAGUCCUUCCUGUGGCAGUGCACCAUGCACAGGUGUUGUGUGCAGCAACCCCGAAAUUGUCACCGUUGGAGAAGAUGGUCGGAUAAAUCUCUUCAGAGCCGAUCACAAGGAGGCCGUGAGAACCAUAGACAAUGCAGAUAGCAGUACACUCCAUGCUGUAACCUUCCUUCGAACUCCUGAGAUUCUUACAGUAAAUUCAAUUGGGCAGUUAAAAAUAUGGGAUUUCAGAAAACAAGGAAAUGAGCCCUCUCAGAUAUUAUCACUGACUGGUGACCGAGUACCCCUCCACUGUGUUGAUAGACAUCCCAACCAGCAGCAUGUUGUAGCUACUGGUGGCCAGGACGGAAUGCUGAGUAUUUGGGAUGUUAGACAAGGCACUAUGCCUGUGUCUCUGCUGAAGGCUCAUGAAGCUGAAAUGUGGGAAGUUCACUUUCACCCAUCCAACCCAGAUCAUCUAUUUACUUGUUCUGAGGAUGGAUCCCUCUGGCAUUGGGAUGCCUCCACAGACGUACCUGAAAAAUCAUCACUGUUUAAUCAAGGAGGAAGAAAUAGUACUUUUUUAUCUCACAGCAUUAGUAACCAGGCUAGUGUUCACCAGUCUCUUAUAAGCUCCUGGCUCAGCACUGAUCCCGCAAAAGACCGUAUUGAAAUCACAAGCUUGCUUCCCAGCAGGACCUUGUCUGUGAACAGUUUGGAUGUUUUAGGUCCUUGUCUUGUUUGUGGAACUGAUUCAGAAGCGAUUUAUGUUACUAGACAACUUUUUUCAUGAAAAUACUGUCAUUGCAAGAUUUCAGGUAAAGCAUAUUGUUAGCCUUUCGAAGUAUAAUAAUAAAAAUUAUUGGAAAAUGUGAAAUUUGCAAAGGAAGCUUCAGUAAACCAUUGGUAAUAUCG